AUGGCCGAGGGGACGAGGCGCUUGUCGACGGGUACGUAUGAUAUCAGAGACUCUGGCUGCUCUGCGUCUGCCUGCAUAUCCCGCCCCGAUCCGGGGCUAUUAUCCACGGGCCUUACAUACUCUGCACUGUACGAGUGGAGUGAGAUUGUGUCAGAGAGCCUGCAGGAAACGCCCUGCUACCCUCUACGCACGUAUGCAGUCCUCUACGCGUACAUGCAGCAGCAUUCCCCUCUUGUCAUGGCCAUGGUCAGAUCAUCCCAGAAACUGCUGCAGCCCAGUGUGGAAUUUCCCGGUCGAGUAGCCCACUGUGCUGCCCUAAGGCGCGCCACAGCACUGUCGCUUCUGAAGCCUGUAUUACGCAUCGCCCAUGUCGUCGAUGCCGUGAUGCCUUCGAUGCCCCUCGUUGCUGCUGCCAGCAGCCGAAAGAGCGGUGGGAGGGCUGCCCAGCCAUGCAUCCGAGAAAUUACACACUGCCACACGGCCGCCCGGUUCGAUUCCUCGGAUAAAGACAAUCCAAGGGUCGCGGUACCUAAGAGCCAUCCGAAUUCCCAAUCCGUGUUCGGUACUGGCUCGCGCAGAUGCGAGUUAGGGAAGAAAGAGGCGAAUUUCGGUCGCCCCACUGUGGGCAUCAUCGCAUGCUAA